AUGACAGCAAUUGAGCUUUUGACAGAGCUAAAAAAGCAACCACUUAGUUUGCUCAAUUCUGUCGAAGCUCCAGAAAUGCUGGAAGGUGCCACCAUUCGAUAUUUCUAUCUUGUUCGACAAGCAGCUGAGAAACUUGCGCGGAAACGAGUUUACGAGUGGCAUGAUUAUCCAAUAAGACCAAAUUAUACCGUUAAAUGUCAAUUGGAAUAUGAUCGUGCACCAAUCGAACAAACUUCAACAGCUUCAUCUGUAAACACGAAUAGUUAUCAACAACUUUCAACUAUAUUUGCGCGUAACUUCUAA